AUGAAGGAUGCAGUUGAAACUCUCGAAGACAUAAUUGAUCUGGCGGAUGAAGUUGAAAAAGCAAAAAAGGAUAAAGUGAUGGAUGACCUAGUCAAGUUUUGGAAAGAUAGUGUGGAAUAUGCAAAGGAGUUGAAAAAGGUGGAUAAAGCGAUGAAGAAGUUUGCAAAGGAAGUGGAGGAAUCGGAACCGGAUUGGAAGAUGUUUAGACAGCUGGAUUAUAUGGAACCCCUUCUGGAAAAAUCUAUUGCUGGAAUUGAGGACUUGGCAGGGCUUAAUCAGGUUCAUGAGCUUCGGAAUGAAGUAGAGACAAUUAUAAAAUCGGAGAAAACGGUCACUGAAGUCAUCAAAUAUGUGAAGGGUCCAACAGAAAUAAUUAUUCUAGAUGUCGUCUUUAAAGACUUCAGAAAAUCUGCCAAAAAUCUAACCCUUAUUACUAUGCAAGAUGCUCGUCUCCCAAUGAACGCAAUGGAUUCCAAGGGUCAAACUGGUUUGUAUAAAGCAGUUUUGGCGAAGAAAUGGUACAGAGUAAAGGAUCUUUUGGAAAAUGGAGCACUGGUUGAUGCGACAUGUGGACCGUAUCUCAGAACUGCACUAUUUGAAUUGGUACUGAUGAAAGAUAAAGAACAUGCGAAGGACUUUCUGGAUGCUGGAGCUUAUAUUUUACAACCGGAUGUGGCUGGAUAUUAUCCUGAACAAUAUGCAGAUGAGGGUGGAUUCAUGUUACUGUUUGAUGGAUAUUCCAAAGAGAAUCAGAGGAAACGAGUCAUCCCUCCCAACACGCCAAGACCAUAUAAAAUUCUAGUGGUUGACAAAGAUUACAUCCCUAGUAAUGAACGGAAAAAUCUGCCCAAGAGAAUCAGAAAAAAGAUCACAUGGGGAUACAAUGAGUCUAUGGAUUUGAAUAAGUUCACUCAUAUUGUGGUCCCUCAGAAAUAUAGCAAAAAAGAGAACAUCUUGACAUUGGAAGACGAUGAUUUGUUCAUUUGGAAAUCUUGGAAAACGGAAACCGAGAAGUACUCUUUGGCUCCGUUCCGAUUUGUUUUGGAGUGCAUUGCACGUUAUCAAAUUUUGCCAAUUGGAAGUACAGUAAUCCAGAUGAACGAGGAAAAUGGAGCAGAUGGGGUAGAAGGCACGAAAUCAAAAGAAGCGGUGAAUGUUCCAACGACGCCGACUAACGUCGAACCCACACCUUGA